AUUUCCUCCAAUUAACAACAUUGGAACUAAACUUCCAAGAGAAUCCAUCUUUCAUAUCGCAUUACGCACAUCCCGAGAAAAAGGCAGAAAGAGGACGCGCGACAUGACAACAGUCUCUCUUUGCCAUGGCGACUUCAGUCUUGAUUGAUUUCGCAAAACUCAUUCUGCCUUAAUACUUAAGUUUUGACAAUUCGACAGCUUGACAUCGACUUCACAUCAUCACAUGCUCAACUGGGCCAACGUGCGAUAACAUUUUCGCAAACACCAGGAUGCACUCCCAUCACCUAGAGACACAACUUGUCCCUCCCGGUAAUUUCUAUUCUCACUACUCUCAAGGAACUCUAUUCGACCGAUUACAGCAACCCAGUGUUAUAGUUCCUUUACUACUCCUCCUCACUAUCUUCUACCAGUCUCUACAUUCCUCACCCUUUUCUAGACCUCGACAUCCCGGAGAGCUUCUUUGGGACUUUUUAAUUACUAUCGUCCCCGCGAAUGUACUCUAUGCUCUCGACAACUGGCUCCAUCCACCCGCCUUCCCGAUCCCGGAAUCUCUGCGACCGGCGCGAUCACGAUCAUAUACUGCCAAGAGUAAUCUUCUUAGAAGAAUACUUGGGAUGGACGGGACAGGCGGCAUCAUUACAUCCGUCGCCGAUGCUGGUAGAAGAAGUCUUUCUAGUUUAUCUACCAGUACCCUCUCCAAGCACAAGACCGAUCAACCUCCCGGCCUAGGAAAUUACGACAACUCCUGCUUUCAGAAUAGCAUCCUUCAGGGACUAUCGUCAUUAAAGUCGUUUCCGUCCUACCUCACCAGAGGUCUAGAACAGAACAAGUGCGAGAGCGACGAAGAAUCCGGUUCAGCCGCUUCCUUACGGGACCUCAUAUCAAAGUUAACGGAUGCUAGUUAUAACGGAAAGACCUUGUGGACGCCGAAGAAGCUAAAAUCUCUUGAUACAUGGCAACAGCAAGAUGCGCAAGAAUACUUCUCUAAGAUACUAGACGAGGUCGAAAAAGAGAUCUCGAAGGCGGCAAAACCGAAACGCCGUUCAUCCGGGUUUGAAUCAGUAGGCAUGAGAGAUGACACAGAAGAUAGUCAACACAGCGAUGAUAGCGGGUAUCAGUCACUACCGGUACCUUCCAAAGUUGUGUCGGAUGCGAGAAUUUUGAGGAAUCCCCUUGAAGGGCUGGUCGCGCAACGAGUCGCAUGCGUCCUGUGCGGCCAUUCUGAUGGGCUUUCCAUGAUCCCGUUCAACUGCCUAACUCUUAGCCUUGGACGCGAGCAAAUCGAGCAUGAUCUUUUCGAACGACUAGAUUCCUAUACAGACCUGGAGACAAUCGAUGGGGUUGAGUGCGCCAAGUGUACACUGCUGAAGCUUCAGAGGCUGCUGAAAAUGCUCAUAUCUCGUGGGAAAGAGAACAACAAAACUGAAGAUGAGUUACGAGGAUCUAUUUCCCGAUUAGAGGCCGUGGACCUUGCGCUUGAAGAGGACGACUUCGAAGAGACAACCGUACGAGAUAAGUGUCAAGUACAGAAACGAGUCAGCUCUGCCAAAACCAAACAAGUUGCCAUAGCGCGACCACCUCAAAGUCUUGCGAUCCAUAUGAAUCGGUCAGUAUUUGACGAGACUACGGGGCGUAUGUUCAAGAACCUCGCAGCGGUGCGCUUUCCUAAGACCCUUGACCUCGGUCCAUGGUGCAUAGGAAGCGCGGGAGGCCCCGUCAGUUCCAUCGACAGCGACAAGACCGCUUCUAUUAGCACACUGGGAGAUGAAGAACAGUGGGUUACGGACCCGAUGUCUUCCAUGGUUUCAGGUGACCAAAAGCCCUCUAAAAUCAGCGGGCCUAUCUACGAACUGCGUGCGGUAAUAACCCAUCAAGGACGGCACGAAAAUGGACAUUAUGUCUGUUACCGAAAGCAUCCUGUCGAACCGUCGAAAUUUGAUGACAAUCUCGACGAAGAGACUGAGUCGCUUGAUGAUGUAGAUGAUGGUGGUGCGACUAUCGACGAGGGUACGCUAGUCGACGGAAAUGAUACGAAGGAUGGUGACCAGGACUCGGACGGAAAGUGGUGGCGGUUGAGUGAUGAAAGCGUGUGGGAGGUGUCCGAAGAAACUGUUCUGGCACAGGGUGGAGUUUUCAUGCUUUUCUACGACUGCGUCGAUCCACAUCCUGUUCUCGUCUCGGCAAUUCGACACGAAACGAAGGCAGAUGACGACAUCACAACCUCUAUUGGAGAGCAGAGCGAUGGUAAUGCUUCAGGAAUGGCCAACGCGGAAGGAGGGUUAAUGAAUACUCCGUCCGAGAGUAACGAACACUUUGGUAAUAUGACAACCCCUGAGCAGCUUCAGAGGACAUCUCAGGCUGUAGCCGUACAGGACAACCUCGCUAGCGAUAUGAGCGAUAAUGGUCUUCAGGCAGAGGCUACCGAUACCCAAUCACAGACGGUCUGGCCUCUAUGGUCAAGCCUUAUACCUCCCUUAGCAGAUGGGGAGAAGGUGGACCCUACUAUUCCACUUCAUCGUCCUAAUUGUUGAUAACUCGCAGGAAUGGGGGAACUGGCCCUUACGUGGGGCGUCUAGGUUAUCUUCCUACAAUGCUUGAAUCACAAUUGGGGCAGUUGAAUGUAUUUUAAUGGUCUGCUUCUUUGCAUAGCCACGGCGUUUGGUGGGAUAGCCCGUGGAUAGUUUUAUAGGCAUGUGCAUAUGUACAUCUACCUCCCGUCCGACAAAUGGGCGUAUUCAAAUAUAGCCGCCCUCUGGCAUCUGUUCAGAGGCUUAUUGGUCAAUUCUAAGUGUUCUAAGUAGAUGGUGAAUUCAAUAGCCUCUAUCCUUCUACAGCCAGUUCAAAAGCUAGGAAUAUUGACU